GGCUUCAUCCAGAGCAUAAGUGUCCUGCUCUUCAAAAUGAAGUUACUUCUCAUACUCUGUCUGUGCGUCUGUGGAGUGCUUGGUGCGGAAAAUGCAGAUUAUGAUGACUAUGAAACGGAGUCAAAAACACCACCGCCCAAAGAAGCGUUAGAUCCACGAGGUCAUCGGCCUGUUACAAGAGAAAACUACACCCCAGUGGUUGCUGCUCCGCCUCCAGUCAGUGGCCGUCGCCGAGGCCAGCGACCUACUUCAGCUCCAUCUACAGCAAUUGAAGAGCAGAAGAAACAACUCACAGAGAGUGGUGGAUGCACCCAUGCUUCUGAGACAAUGGGUGUGCUCUGUCCUACAGGCUGUGAACUAAAAACAACUUUGGUGAAACAGGAGCGUAACGUCAAACCAACUGUGACUCAGCUGAAGAAAGAUGUGGAGAAUCUAUUCCAGACUUCUAACUCUGUCUACAGAUAUGUGGAGGACAUGACCACCGAGGUCACAGAGAGACAGAGAAUCAGCAAUGGAAAUGGUCAGCUGGUCAGCCAGUACACAGAUGACCUGGAGAUUCAGCAUGCUUUUGUAAAGGAGAGUGUGGACGUCACCUUUCCACAAAAUAUUAAAAUCUUGCAGGGUGUCCUAGAGAAGCUGAGGGACAAGAUCCAGAACAUCGAGAAGGCCAUUGUUGCUCAGAGGGAAAAGUGCAACGAACCUUGCAAAGUGUCCUGCCCGAUUCCAGUGGUCUCUGGAAAAGACUGUGAGGAUGUCUUCCGUAAUGGAGGAGACGCUUCCGAGAUGUACAUGGUUCAACCGGAUCCCUCACAAUCACCCUACAAGGUCUACUGUGACCAGACAACUCAGAACGGAGGCUGGCUGCUUAUUCAAAACCGUUUGGACGGUAGUGUGGACUUUGGUCGCCGGUGGGAUGACUACAAGAGAGGGUUUGGAAACAUCGCUUUUGAUGUUGGAAAGGGCCGCUGUGAAACUCCUGGUGAAUACUGGCUGGGUAACGACCGCAUCAGUCAGAUCACCAAAAUGGGCCCGACAGAAGUUCUGAUUGAGAUGCAGGACUGGUCAGGUACCAAGGUGCAUGCCCAGUAUGAGCAGUUUACAGUGCAGGGAGAGACUUCCAAUUAUCUACUAGCGGUGAACAAGUACUCAGGAAAUGCUGGAAACACACUGCUCACUGGAGCAACGGAGCUGUUUGGAGUGAAUCGCACAAUGACCAUCCACCAUGGCAUGAUGUUCAGCACCUACGACAGAGACAAUGACAGAUGGAUACCUGGUGAUCCCGUGAAGCAGUGUUCAAAAGAAGAUGGUGGUGGAUGGUGGUACAACGCAUGCCACUCAGCCAAUCCAAAUGGCCGAUAUUACUGGGGUGGGCAAUAUACAAAGCAAAUGGCCAAACAUGGAACAGAUGAUGGUGUCGUAUGGAUGAACUGGAAGGGCUCAUGGUACUCACUUAAAGCCAUUAGCAUGAAGAUCAGGCCCUUCUACACCGAGUAAUAAAGGGAUGCAAAUGUAUAGACACACAAUUAUUUUUGUGUGUUUAAAAAAAUAAAAAGAAUGCUUUUAAAUUGUCCUGA